UCGGGGGACAACAUGAAGGACUUGAAGGCGCCUCCUAGACAACUAAAACUAUCAAUGAAGGACAUUCGGUGGCUGUGGAAAGAAAAGGGUUUCCCGAAGGCUGUUAUGGGGAACCCCAACGGAAAACAAGCUCAAGUGAAGACAUGGCGUGAGUUUUGUUUGCAGGCGCUUCACAAAACGCCUUACAACCACUUGUGGCUUCUCGAUGAUGAGAAGGGCGAGGACAGUAUUAAGAAGCAGAACGCUGCCCUUCGCUCUUAUUUUCCGCUAGUGAUGACUGGAAAAAGCGCGUGGGAGUUGGGUAUGGAAUUUUUCGAGAAAUGGGAGACGGGGAGAAUUUUGGCACCCGAGGGGGCGAGGUGGAUCACAAGUAAACGGAAAGUGAAGGGCGUCAGGCCCGGCGUUAGCCACAUUGAAAACGUCAAGUUGGGGCGAAAGGAGGUUGUCUACAACGUCCCCGUCGAGGCGCCCCAAAAGAAAGGAAAGAAGGAGAAAGAGCCUGGUGAUUGGUUUGUCCAGGUCACCGAGCCGGAUCCGCACUGGAAGAGCAUGGAAGCCCUUACCGACAAUGAGAAAUGUCGGUUGCUCAAGAAGGUCCUCAACUGUGACGUUGUGUGGGUGCAAACAAACUCCGCAUCGUUGGCGAAGCAAGGCAAAUUGGGAGUGCGGGAAGCAGUGCACCUGCUCAAGUGCGAUCGCAUCUUGGUGCAAUUGUGGAACUACUAUCAGUUUGUGCACGAAAAUCGGCCGACCGCUGAUUGGACACGUGCGUAUCCCUUCCUGAAGAAGCGGGAGUCGAUUUUGGCAGAGUUCGAGAAGCAGGGAAUGGAUGCCUCGUUGUGGGACGGGAGCAGGAAGCUCGUCAGUGACGCCUCACUGUUCAAGGACUGCCCGCCAUACAUGGGGUGCGAGGACGACAAAACGAUCAAGGCGACGAAAAAACUCGCCCAAAACAAGAAGUUGUUCGCCGACUGGAAGAACAAGGUCCUCUCUGUGCUGACGGGCAGUAGGGCGAAGAGCAUGGAGGUCGCGCUUGUCGAAGGCGUGUUGAGGGUCAGGGAGCUGGAAAAAGCGGUUGGGACCACGAAAUGCCACAGGUGCGUUCUCGAUCUGUGCGAGCCGGUGGACUUCAAACAGUGGACGCCGAAAGCUUUCGAGAGUCUGAAUUCCCUCCUAGAGCAAUUGUUUCCGUCACACUGGACGGUCGUCGCUUUCGUCCCUCUGCAGUGGGACUACUCCUUCAUGACCAGCCUGCGACAUCUGCCCGUUGUGAAGGCAAUGGCAGGGAAGUGGGUCAGGAGGACGCAGCAGAAGAAAAGUUUCCCUGUGGGGAACAACUUGUACUCGGCUGACGACCCCAUGUACAUUCUCUUCAAAGGUGACGAUUCGAGGGAGAAUACAUGUGUCGUCUACGAUGCUAGGUUGUCGGCAGGUAGCGCUGCCGCUGUCGGGGUGCAUCAGAAAGUGACCCCGACAGACAUAUCGGAGACUCCCUUCGACCCUUGUGGGUGGCCGUCGGCCAUGCCUGGAGCUGACAGGAAGGUCUACAAGGACAUGGAGCGGAACCCCGCACAAUUGGCCCAUCUGCUGGAAUUUGUGUGCAAAAAGGGGGAGGGCGUCAUGUUCCUCGGCAAGCCGCACGCGCGAGUCCUGUGGGAGGUUUUGAAGAGCGGCCGACACAUGGUCGGGCUGGAAGGGAAUUAUGAGCUGUUGCAAUACACGUUGGAGUUCCUCAAAAGCGAGGUCAAGUCUGGAGCCAGCCGUUGCGAGUUCGUUUCGAGGAGUGGGAAAUCAACACGCGUUCGGGAACCGUCUACGGACAUGUGGUUCAAGUUGAGCGAGCGGAAGAGGAACAAGAUCUACGAGUUCCUCUUUUUGGAAACGCGGCCCGGGAGGGACAAUGACGCUGAGUACAUGCGCCACAAGGAACACAUGUUGGCAUUGCUGGACAACUACCACAACGCCUCACACAAGAACGCAAAGAACUUCCUCGACCGGCUGGACUGUUUGUACUUCGUCGAGUCCGAGCAGGUGCUGAAGCUCGAGAGUUAUGGUGCCUUGAUCUCCACGGACGACGAGGGGGAGACAGGCAUUGUUUUCGACACCGCUACACCAGAGGAGGACAGCGACAGCGAGGACAUCAACAUCGAUUACCAUCUUGCUCCGGCGUUUCAUGCCCCUGGCUCCUCGUCGGCUGGUCCCUCAACAAGCCAGGCCACCCAGGCGUCACCUGUGCUCACGCUCACCCCAGGUAAGGACCCGAGUAAGCUGGCGGCGAGACUGACGCCUCGGCCGGCCGCCCCGCCUUCAUUGCAUCCCGGGAGCUCAGUUCCUCUGCAUCAUCCUUCUCGCAAGGAUGAUGCCAUUCACUUCGAAGGGCUCGACCGCACUCGAUCGAGCGAGGCGGAUUGGGGCCAUGACAGGAUAUGGCACCCAGGAACUAUCCAGCCGGCAAUCCGGAAGGGCGAGUGGAUCACGGCGCUCAUCAGCGACCGAGGGUUGUGGCAGCCAUACCCGCGCCACUCCAAGGCGGAGUACCUGGAACUCGCGAGGAUUUCGGUGCUCGACAAAGACAAGCAGUGGUUGAAACUCUCGGACGAGUUCUACGAGCUCGACACGAGCCUUUCGAAGGGACGGGUGGAUUGGAAGGUUGGCCCUGCGAUCAGGCCGGAGGGUAGUCCCGGGGGGGCGGGGGGCGGAGCAGGUGGUGGGGGAGGCGUAGCUGGUGGGGGAGGCAUAGGCGGGGGGGGCGUAGGGGAGGGAGGAGAAGGUGGGGGCGACAUAGAGGUGGGUGUCGGAGUGACCCCCUCGGGGACAGCAGAGGGUACCACCGCUUCGGGUGGGGUUUCGCCUAAACACGAGGCCACGCCAAGGGAAGGCGGUGGUGGUGAGGGGGGGGAGAACGUUGUUGGAAAACUGACUGCUAGGUCCGGUAAGGGACCUGUAUCGAAGUUCGCCGGAAUCCGGACGACAUGGAGUGAGGCACCGGGCGUAAGUGGAGGGCCCGCUGACCAUGAUGAGCCGAAGUCUGCUCGGAUCCGGACUUAUUCAGAAAGGGCUCCACAGGUGAAGACUAUUGUGCCGACGGGAGGGGGUACGCACGUGGGGGUAGGAGAGUGGGCCUCGGGAUUCGACAUGGUGUUGGGAGAAUUCCGUGAAUGGCAUGGGAGGGACGGAGGGGAAGAAGGGGAAGAAGGGGAAGAAGGGGAAGAAAGGGAAGAAGGGGGAGAAGGGGAGGAAGGAGAGAAAGGGGGUGAAAAAGGGGAUAUCCACAUUGACGACGAACGGCUGGGCAAUGAGGAGGAUGCCGGCUGCGAGGAGUCUUCUGACUCGUUCGGGCACCUUUACGUGGGCCAUCCGGGGCCUGAUGUCGACAACGAUGCGACGACAAUGGAGAUGGAGACGCAGGUGGUCAGUGACCUUUCAGCAGACCCUGAACAAUAUGAGGUUCAACCGCUGACGGCUGCAGUCGAUCUCCAACACCGUUGCGUUGAGGUUUUCGCUGCUGUGAGCCCGGCUCAACGAAGUCAACAAUUGAGCGUCGUUGAAGUUAUACAUGGGAUACUCGGCGACAAGCAGGUGGUCGGGCAACGGUCUGCAGCGCCUGUCCUGGACGACCUCCAAAACGUCACAACUUUCGUGCCCUCGAACACCGUUGUCUCGCCACCUAACUCUCUGAUACUGGUCGUCACCUUAACCGGGGGUAGGGAGGGGGAUCUAGGGGGCCGGCAACAUGUCACGUCCUUGAAAAAAUCUCAGGUCUGCACUCAAGCUCUCGACGUGCUGGGCUUGCCCGCGCCAAAGUCGUCGACGAAGGAACGACGGGAUAAAGUGGCUGGUAAGUAGUGAUGAACGUCGUGUCGUACGCGCUCCCCAACAAAAAACAUAGCCAAGU